CGAAUACUCCGCAUAUAUGUUUAUGAAUGUGCCCCGCGAUCCUCGGUGAAUCGAGAUUGGAAAUGAAAAGUGUGGAGCGUGAUUGAUUUUAUCUCUUUGCGUCUUCCUCUAUGCUUGAUGCAUCCAGUGCGUGGAUUCAGUAAAUUUCUCUGGGUUUCGGAAUCUCAAACCCUAGUUCACAAGUUUUGUUACAUGCUGGUGUAGUGGUAUUUGAAGAUCUUAUUUGUAGGCAUUAGAUCUGGUAUUCUGAGCUCUGCCUUAAAUGGCAGAUCAUGAAGACGAGGAAUUGAAGAUGGCGCUGAGGAUGAGUUUGCAGAAUGAGUCUCCAGAGCCGAAGAGGAGCAAGCCUGGAGAAGUAUCAGCUGGCGGGGACGAAGAGGAGUCGCCUGCCGCCAAGAACCGCCGGAAACAACGGGAGCUGAUGGCGGCAGCUGCGGAGAAGCGGAUGAUGGCCUCAAAGCAUGCGGCUGCAUCUGUGGCGCCCACGGGAAUUGAAAAUGCUGAAAAGAGAGGGGAGACAUCCGCGGUACAAGAGAAUCCAGGUGGGUCAAGUGCUGGAUUAGUUAAAGCUCUUACUUUGGAAAAGCCUGAGCAUGAAAAUGUGAACUCGGGGAAAGAGUUGUCUGUUGCGGAGGCUGAGCAGUUAUUCUCAUUGAUUUUUGGGAGCACAGUCUCUAGGGAUAUACUUGGACAAUGGACUAACCAGGGCAUUAGGUUUAGUUCUGAUCUAGAAACAUCAAUGGGCUUAGUGCAGCAUGAAGGUGGGCCAUGUGGUGUAUUAGCAGCAAUUCAAGCUUUUGUUCUAAAAUUCCUUUUAUUUUCCUCGGGGGAAUUAAAUACUGCAACACCAAACAUAUUUGCGAAUACAGGCUUGAGAGGAUCCUCCAAACAUGAACAUGUAGGGGCUGAUAUUUUUUCUUCCCUUACCGAAGACAUGAAAUCAAUGGCACUGGUGAGAAGUAUGGCUGAUAUAUUGUUUAUGUGUGGAACAAAUGGAAGAGCUUCUAUAGCAUCUUUGAAAAAUCUUGAUAUGGACCUUGAAGGGUCUGUUGACAGCUCAAAAGAUGAGGUCAUUGCAAAAGCACUUGAUGGCCUUACGAUUGAAUCGGGUCUUGACUUUCACAACAUUCUGAGUGUUACUCAGUACACUUCACCAGCAAGUGCACUAAAAAGGAUUGAAGAAUUGCUUCCUGUGUACCGGAGUCGUAUGGGAGCAAUGUUGUUCCUCAUAUCUGCUUUGCUUUCUCGUGGAAUUGAUUCUGUUCAGAGUGACAGGGAUGAUCCAACACAACCAUUGGUUACUGCUCCUUUUGGGCAUGCUUCUCAGGAAAUUGUAAACCUUUUGCUUUGUGGAAGGGCAGUGGCAAAUGUGUUUGAUGGAAUGAUGGACUUGGGUGGUGGAAUGUUCGUGAAGGGCAUAUCUACAGCAGUUGAAGUUGGGUUCCUCACCCUGCUAGAGUCCCUAAACUACUGUAAGGUUGGGCAGUAUUUGAAGUGCCCCAGAUGGCCAAUUUGGGUUGUUGGAAGUGAGUCUCACUAUACGGUCCUAUUUGCUCUCGAAACCAAAGUUCAAGAAGAGAAUGAACUUGAAGGCAGAGAGACACAGAUCCGAAGAGCGUUUGAUGCACACGAUCAAAGUGGCGGAGGAGGAUUCAUUAGCGUGGAAGGUUUCCAUCAAGUCCUUAAAGACACUAACAUUAAUCUCCCAUCAGAGAAGCUUGAAAACCUUUGCAACACUGGGUUCAUCGUUUGGAGUGAUUUUUGGCAGGUUCUUUUAGAUCUCGACAAGAGUCAAGGAGGAUUCAAAGACUCCAGCGGUUUAUCAGGCAAGAAGGCUUUUGAUCUUUACCACUUCAACGGGAUUGCAAAAUCAGUCAUGAACCAGGCAUCAUCUGGAAGUGAAAUUCCCAUACAAAGACCAAGACUGACUAAAUUAAGGGUCUUAGUUCCUCCAAGGUGGACUCCUGAGGAAUUUAUGUCCGGCAUUCCAACAUGCUCCAACUCAACCCAAAUUGAUCCUGAGGCAACGGGCACAACCACUGAAGUGACCCAACCUCAACCUUCUCACCAUUGUCCUUUAGUCGACUGUGUUCGGACACGCUGGCCCCGUGCCACUUGUAGUUGGGAAGGUGAUGCACCCAGUAUAGUCUGAUUGAUCAAUCCGAAGAACCUCAUCGAUACAGAUCAGCAAGUGAACACAAAGGUGAUUGUAAGAUGCGCCAUUUCCAGCCAAGAUUUGUGCUUCUGCUCUCUGGGUUUCAAGUUUCAACCCAAGGUAAAAUGUGACACCCGUUUACAACAUUGUCAUAGUGUAAUCUUAUAUGACUUCAAUAUGAUUUGGAGAAGUUUCAUUCUGAGGGAAGAUGGGUUCACUCUUCCAGCUAUGUUUUCCUACCCGAGGAAUCAAAUCGUUUCUCUUGGAUCUUGCUUUGAGUUUCCCCCCAUUUUUUUCUUCGUAUAGGCGAUGAAUAAUAGGGGUAAAUGAAUUGGUUAUAUAUUGGUUUGAAGAAAUCUCUAAACCGGUCCACGAUUAUUCGUUUGUCAAGGAUUUUAUUUUUUUAUCCAUCAUGCUAGCUCCCAAUUUCAAAGAGUCCCGGGCAUGGUCCUUUUCGUCUAGUUUGCCCGUUUAAGCUUGGCGGGUUUGAAAAUGGGCGGACGGACAACUUUGGAAUUGGGAGCUUGACGAGAAUAGAACAUUUGAGUUGUAUGCAUCCUCCCAAGGCGUGUAUGGUUGGAGGGGUAGUGGAGGGAAAAGAAAUCGAAGUCUGGAUG